GACCUUCUGAAACGUUUUCCCGCCUUUUUCGUAUCGCUUGCGUAUAAUUUCUGACAGCGACCGACUCGCCGAGACCAGGUCGUCUGUGGUUGCUUGCUUCGUUCCCGUAAAACUCUAACAGGAGCAAGGACUGUCAAGGUGCAAGGGUUAUCUUAGAAAGGAUCUCAAGACUACCAAAAGACAUCAGCAACUAUGUCUCUUCAACGCUUCCUGGAGGGUGUCGAGGUUCCAGAUGAGUACAUGGAGUUUGGGAAGGAGAUCACCGUGACCCACACAGAAGUAGUUCCGGUGUCAGCGGAAGUGUACUGGACGGGCUUUGACGACUACUUCCAUCUGCAAGACUUUGUGGGCAUGCAUGAGAACAUGACGACCAUCAAAGGAGACGGAGGGGUUGGGACCGUGAUCGAGUUUGACUUCUUAGGCGGAAGGACCCAAGAGGAGCUUGUCCAAAAAGAUGAAGACACCAAGACUUGGGCCAUCGCCAUGUUGGGCAGCAACCCUCUCUUCACAUCCUACUUAGCCACCGUGAAGGUGGAUGAAGAUACGAGUGAGACAGCAAAAGUUACCAUGAGCAUCAAGGGGAUAGUGGCCCUCCAGGACUACAACAAGAGAAAGGACCACAUCGCCUUCACGAAGUACAUGCUGCGUAACCGCAUCAAUGAGAUCAUGGCCGUCAUUUCGGAGAAGAAGGGCGACAUCUUACCCUUCGAAUUCGAUGUCGACUGCUCCUUCAAGACUCUGUGGGACAUGGUGAGCGACUGGGCGAACGUCUCCUGGGUGAUGGGCGCCACAGACGUGGAGAUUGUACCCGACUACCAGGCCAACGAUCUGCGAAGAAAGGUCUUCUUCGGGUCACAUUUUAUGGAAGAACGCCAUGUGCAGACGAUCGACCAUCCUGCCAGUACGACCUACGAGUUUGGCAAGAAUGACACCGUGGGCGUUCUGCAUUAUCGUGGCAAGCUGGAGCUGAUCAAGUUGGAUGAGACGAAGACCAAGGUCAAGUACACCUCCUACUUUACUCCUCAACCCGGAGCAGACCCCAAAACUACCAUCAAGGCGCUGAUGGAACCCCGCUUUGACUGGAUUCAGGCAACGUUUGCGGAGAAGCGUUCACUUUUCUCUUCAUGUUGCCUUUUGUGAGCCGCUGCAGCGUGGUGACAUUUGGUAAACUUUGGCAGCCAGCUUAAACCAUCUAAAACCUUCCAUAGAUAUUGAAAUUUGCACUGGAAAGAAAAGACAAGAAAACAUUCGUGUUCAUUACACCAGAAUAUGAGUUCAGGUACGCACCACUAUGAGCUAGUUGACUGAUUCUUCAAAUUAAUUGACGAUUUAAUACCCUGUCACACAUACAUGUCGUCAACCAUGGCCUUCAGAUCUGAACCUUGCCGAAGCUUUUCCUAAGACCAUGGUUUCGGGUGAGCAAGGCCUAAUCUCCAAGCAGUUCCUACUGUAGCAUUGUUAAGUUAAGAUAGUAUCAAAAGCUGCCAGAGGACUGAAGCCGGCUUAGGAUUUUGUAUGCGACCGGAGGUAUCAAAACACACAACUUUUGAUACUAUCUUAUUCUUCCGUAGGAUCUGCUUGGAGAUUAAGCAAGACCAUAUGGUUAUCGAGUUUUUCUACAUAAUGUUGCACACAUUAUUUGUACAAGCCAUCUUUAAAAUGACGUCUUAAUCAUUUUAAAAAGUCAUUUGUUGCUAUCAGAAGAAAGAAUAGGAGCUAGAAUAAUGAAUUUCAGUUUACUCCUAAAAGUACCGAGCUCGACCUUGGUUAGGAAGUGCAUGGUUGGGAGCAAAGCCGUGGGAAGGCCGUGCAUGUGUAACAUGGGAUUUAUACUCAGUGUAUGAGCAUCUCAUGAUGAGUAUAUUUCGAAGUUUCAUUUCAGGGGAUUAUUUCGGCCAUACCAUUAAGGCCAUUGCAGUAAGAAGCAUUGUGCACUGACAUAUAGUUGUUGUUGAUGCUUUAAUCUAUUUUCAAAAAUUCCAUGGAUGAUUUAGGGUAAUUUCGGUAAUGUAGCAGUUAAAAUAACUUUGUUUGCAAAUCUUAUCAAAUCGGAUAGAUCCUUAGCACUUUUCUAUCUGGUGUGUAAUGGACAUUCUUUCUCAUCUUAUUUUUUCUACUUUCUUUAAACUGCAAAGUGAAUGGGUGUAUUGGCCACUGUGUAUUAAUCUCCAAGCAGAUUCCUCCGGUGGCUUAAAACAGUAACAUAAGCUGUGGCAGAUUCCGCGGUGGCAAAUUUUUCCCUCUGCCGGCUGAAGUCCUUCCCCAGCUUAUGUUACUGCUUUAAGCCACCGGAGGAAUCUGCUUGGAGAUUAACUGUGUAUAUCAUUCUAGCAUGUCAGUAUAUGAAUGACUUAUAUUGCACUUAUGAUAGUUAAGAUGUCCUAAGAAGCUGGGACUUGAUUUGGCCCUGAAUACGUAAAACAUAGCCUAAUAGAAAACUUGCAAUACUUACAAGUCAGAACUCAAUUAGAAACUAUUCUAACGGUGAUAGCAUAAUUACCUCUAAUAUUUGAAUUGUUAUGCUGGUCAGAAAACAUGUUUAUAUGCAUUUCUGUAUCUUACUAAUAUGCUAUUCAUCAUCCAUAUUAUCUGCAUGACUCACAACUGAGGGAGUAUUUCAAUACAGUUACUAGCAAAAUACGAUAUGAAAUCAUAUGCAGAUUGUCAAAUUUGUUUGGUGGGGUGUGUCUUAGGAUUAGAAGUUUAUUUGAUAUAAGAUGUGAAUGAUGGUAAAGGAAUUAUAAUCUGCACUCAUAAUUUUGGCUUUGCAAUCAUUAAACUAUGAAUCAAU